AUGAAUAAGACAGGCAAAAAACGAAAAAAGGGUUAUGUCGGGGAGUCUAUUUUGUCUUAUUUUGUCCGAGAUGAAAAAUACAAAGCUCCUGCUAAAACCUUGAACCCAUGUACUAUAUCUACAUCUCUCCCAAUAUCUAAAAACAACCCACUCAAAAAAACUCCUAGAAAGUGCCCUUUUUAUAAAUGGAUUCCAGAUACAUCAAUUACUGUUGAUGCUUUCUGUUAUGCUGAGAUUCCUGGGUGUACCUGUUACUUCCUCUCCCAUUUCCAUUUUGAUCAUUUCAGAGGCAUCCACAAGAAUUUCAAAGGAGAUAUCUAUUGCAGCGAGGUGACAAAGAAUCUUUUGAGAGAUGCUUAUGGUUUGGGGCUGGUUAUUAAUGUGCUUGAGAUAGAGAAGAGUACAAAGAUUGGCGAUGUAGAAGUAACAGCUUUAGACGCUAAUCAUUGUCCUGGCUCUUUAAUGUUCCUUUUCUAUGUGCCAUCAAAACAGAGAACGUAUCUGCAUACUGGUGACUUUCGUUAUACACCAUCAAUGUUAACUCAUCCAAGUAUAUUAACGAAUUAUUUAUCAGACAACAGUUCUUCUAAAAAGUUACCAAGGAUACAUUCAAUAUUUUUGGAUACAACAUAUUGUUCAUCUCAGUAUGAUUUUCCUGCUCAAGUGGAUGUUAUUCAUGGAGCAUUGGAAGUUACACGUGAUUAUCUGAUAAAAGAUCCUACCAUUUUAGUUGUUUGUGGAAUGUACUCAAUAGGCAAGGAACGAUUUGCACUUGGUCUUGCCUCUAAACUAAACCUAAAAGUUUGGUUGCCAAACAAUCAAAAUCGUUUAAUCAAGCUAGCUGCGCAAGGCGGUUGUACUAUAUGCAAAGAGCUGCUUCAAUAUGUCGUUGAUAGUUCUCAUAAAGCUCAACUGCAUGUUCUACCCAUGCAGCAAUUAAAUGUGGCAGGCCUUGUUCAACAUCAAAAGAAAUUGGGCAAUCGAUUACCAAUUGAUCCUUUUCACAAUUCAUCAACCUUUUCUAAAUUGCGGUCUAUUCUAGGCUGGCGCCCAACUGGUUGGUCUCAUCGGCAGUCAAAUAAUACUCAGGCAUCAAUAAAGCCUCCACCGAACGGCAUUGUUUUGGAACAGAAAAAGAGCGACAUUCACAUAUAUGGUGCACCAUAUAGUGAACAUAGUAGUUUUCUGGAGUUAAAACAAUUCAUUACACGUCUUCAUCCUGUACAAGUACAACCUACUGUUUUUGGUACAUCGAUUACUGUGAUGAAAGAUACAGUGAACAGCUGGUUGAAAUGA